GUAGUAACUUUUUUUGACACACAAACACAUGAUUGUUCUUCACCUCACACAGAACGCAAAGGGUGGCUCAUGUUACCGUCCUCCCCUGCUGCACACACACUAAACUGAGUUGAACCGGCGGGAUGAACCCGUUGAACUCAGACUGAGAGCAUUACAUACUCCUCAACACUGAGUGGCAGUGUGGCUCAGUGUGUGUGUGUGUGUGUGUGUGUUAAAAGCUGUGAGUCUCCAGCUGAUCUGCAGAACAUGCGCCAUGCCUUCCCCCAUCCCCGUCACCCGCCUGCUGCCCAGAGACAUCUACCCGUCUCUGGACACUAGAGCCUGCAGCAGCCCGCUGACCAAACACGGUUCCACGUUACAAGUCCCCACGGAGCGGCUCCACGGCGAGAGGGUCGCCAGUCGGCUCUGGUCCUCUGUGAUCUACUGGAAGGAGCUGCGCUCCCUGCAGCCCGUGGGCUCCGGCGGGUUCGGCUCCGUGUACCGGGCCGAGUACCUCGGACAAACCGCUGCGCUGAAGAGGGUCAAGAAAUGCACCAAGAACCGGCUGGCGUCCCGGCAGAGCUUCUGGGCCGAGCUGAACGCAGCGCACCUGCGCCACGGGAACAUCGUGCGCGUCAUCGCGGCUACCACGUGCGUGCCCGCGGAUUUUGGGGAUGACGAUUGCAUCGGGAUGAUCCUGAUGGAGUACGUCGGGGACCGGAACCUGCAACAGGUCAUAUACGACUCCGCGGAGCUACAGGAGGAGCAGUGGCUGCGCUAUUCCACGGACAUUGCGCACGGCCUGCGCUUCCUCCACGCGCACAGUGUGGUGCACCUGGACAUCAAACCGGCCAACGUGCUCGUGACUAGCGACGACGUCUGCAAGAUAGUGGAUUUCGGGUGUUCUUUUAAACUGGAGCGCGGAUGCGAAGUGAGCGUCAUCGGCCCGGAGCUGAGCCACGUGGGCGGCACGUACACGCACCGCGCGCCGGAGCUGCUGAAGGGAGAGGCGGUGUCUCCAAAGGCGGACAUCUUCUCCUUCGGGAUCACGCUGUGGCAGCUGAUGACCAGAGAGCAGCCCUACACCGGCGACAGGCAGCACGUCGUGUAUGCGGUCGUGGCGCAGAAUCUGCGACCGCCUGUCCACGAGUCCCCGGUGUUCCGGUCUGAGCAGGGCCGCCUGUGCAGAAGUCUGCUGAGCCGGUGCUGGAGCGGCGAUGCCCGGUGUAGACCCAGCGCUCAGGAGCUGCUGCAGCAGCUGGAGCAGCUGCGCUCCCACGCGUGAGUGGAGUCAGGACUGCUGCACGCCCGUGGCUUCGUGGAUUUAGAUUUUUAGGGUCGUUUUAGUGUCACAGGACCAAAGACUCGUGCUCAGUUUGACAGCGUUUCCCGUUGUCAUGGUGCUGUUCCAUGUGACACAGUAAAGUCAGCCUGGAGACACAGAUCACGUGGUCUCAGUUCACGCAUACGGUUACAGUGUCCAGUGAAUGGUAUUGUUUGUAUCAGUGGGUGUGAGUUCAAACAGCUCGUCUUUAAAAUGUCCAGCAACGAUGGAUGAAGUUUGUCAUUCUGGAUUAAACAGAGACGAGACUGGAUUAGUUUUUGUUGCAUCACAAAACUCAUGUUUUUAUUCUUUCUGUUUACUUCCGUGUCAUUAACCAAUUUACUUAACUUAGUCACAUUGAACGUUUCUAACUGACUUUGUUUUAGCCCCUUUUUCUUAAGUUAAUGAAUCCAAAUGCUGUGAAUGUUUUAUGAUGCCAUGGAUGUACUGUGAGAUUUCAGUGUGUGUUUUCAUUAAAAUUAUUUUUAUAAUACAA